CCCAGCUCAUGUCAAAGUUAUUGGUGAAAGUUGUCAUCUUGUUAAUUUUUAUGAGGUGCAUGACUUGUCAAGUAUAUAUAGUAAUAUUACGACAGCUUACGGUAAAAACGUGGAUAUGAAUAAGAUGUAAUCGACUAUGAGGCUUUCCGAAAACUCUUAUGUCGUAGCAAUAUCAGCGGAUACACACAUCACAUUUUAUCCCGGUCUACCAAUGAAAUACACAACAUUUUUUUCAUAAAAUGGACGUAUAAGGAAAUUUCAUUUUUCCGUAAAUGGACAGAAACAGGACUAUUGAAAUUAGUCAACACGUGUUACUUGCAACAAACCGGGGAGAACAAAUAUAUACAUUAUAGAUUUUAAUUCAAAUCGAAUAGUAAAUAGCAAUAACAGAUAUAUCUUUUUAUCGCCAAUGUAAAUCGACAUUGAAUAGAUGAACUAAUUAAUCUCUCAUUUACAACUUGACUGAUGUGAAAGAACAAUUCAAUGUCAAACCAUGCUUAAUAUUUGAUGACAGAAAAUCUAGAAAAAAAAUUACAAAAGUCGAAUAACAUCUACGAGUCCAACUUAAAUGGAAUGGGGGAUGCGAAUGAACGGUAUUGCGCAAAAGGAUCAGUGUUUAAAUCUUUAUUCUUAGUGCUAUUAUUCCUGAUAACGAUCCAGAUAGCAUUCAAUUUAUCCAUUCAACAGGCAGCUUUCACAUUUAUGUCAAAAUGGGUACAAGUAUCGGAACAGUUGUACUCGAGUUCGUCUCGCCUAGCACAAUUACAUUCAUCAACAUUAGGCAUACCAAAGGGUACUCCGAGUGCUGUCUCAUUUCAAAAAGAACAGUCAACACAGUCAGUGAUAAAAUCAGAUAACAACGUCACUUAUGUGUGCAGUAAAAAUGUAAUGAAUGUGACGAGUGAAGAUUGUUUGCCUCUGUGUCCAGUAACUUCAGAUAAACUAGUUGGCGCUUUAGCAACUUAUUCCGACUCCCCAACAUACUCUGACCUAGAUAGACUGUAUCCCUGGGUUCAAGAUGGAGGAAGGGGAAAGCCGUCCUACUGUUACCCACGUCAUCGUGUUGCCAUCAUCAUUCCAUACAGAAAUAGGGAUAGUCAACUACGGACAUUUUUAUACAAUAUCCAUCCAAUACUUUAUAGACAAGAGUUAGAUUAUGGAAUAUAUGUCGUAGAACAGAAUGGAAGUUCAAAAUUUAAUCGUGCCAUGCUGAUGAACAUUGGGUAUGCAGAAGCAAUGAAGAUACAUGACUAUCAGUGUUUUGUCUUCCAUGAUGUGGACUUGAUUCCAGAAAACGACAAAAAUAUUUACAACUGUCCAAAACAACCAAGACAUAUGUCAGUUGCAAUAGAUAAAUUCAAAUACCGAUUGCCUUACACAGCAAUAUUUGGAGGCGUAUCAUCUUUAACAAAGGAACAGUUCCAAAAAGUCAACGGAUUUCCGAACAGAUAUUUUGGCUGGGGAGGUGAAGACGAUGAUAUGUGGAAUAGAAUUCACAACGCUGGAUAUAAAGUGAUCCGAUAUGCUAUGGAAAUAGCUCGUUAUAAAAUGAUUAAACAUGGAACUGAAACAGGAAAUAAAGCUAAUCCUGGAAGGUUUAAAAUGCUGAAAGAAAGUAAAAAAUAUUUUAAAACAGAUGGCAUUAAUAGCCUAAAAUAUAAAGUAUUAAAGAUAGACUUUAACCAUCUCUAUACACGAGUCGUUGUUGACAUAGAUGAAAAAGAAGUUAUGGCGGGAUUAAAAAGGUCAUGACACCAACUUAGUGAAGAAGAUACUACUCAAGUGUAAAGAAAUAACGAAUACACACUAAAUGACGACAGAUAUAUGGAGACACUCAAUCGGAUAAUUCAUUUAUGGUGCAUUAUGGGGUAACUCUGCCGUUCUAGAAGAUAUUCAUAACAUUGCAUUCAAACUGAAACUGUGUGGGUAGCAUGAAUUAGGAUGACAGAAGAGGGAUUAUUUUUGAUUCGACCAUUUAAAGCAAAACCUUAUGUACACUUUUUCAAAUGAAAAAUAAACGUUCUUGAAAAUAUGAAGUAACGUUUGAGACAGAGUGGUUAAUCGUUUGUUUUUUUUAUGAAGCAUUGUUUAAUGAUUAUAGAUAGUUUGUUUGUGUUAAAUUGUUUGCAACAUUGUUUAACAGGUCGGGUACACUACAUUUUAUGGAUAC